AGAAGUUGGCUUCCAAUUUGCUCUGGAAUUCAAACGUUUAGGCUCCUCAGAGCAGCAAAGCCACCAUGGGUCUGGAGAAGUCCCUCCUUCUGUUUUCACUGCUUGUCCUGGUGCUUGGAUGGGUCCAGCCUUCCCUGGGUAGGAAACCUUCAGUCCAGGAUUUUAAGAGGCAGCACAUGGACCCGGGUAGUCCCCCCAACAGCAGACCCACCUACUGUAACCAGAUGAUGAAGCGCCGGGGGAUGACCAAGGGGUCAUGCAAGCGGGUAAACACCUUCCUGCAUGAAUCCUGGGCAAAGGUCCAGGCCAUCUGCUCCCAGAGACAAAUGACCUGUAAGACCUCCAGCAAGAAAAACUGCCACAAGAGCAGCUCCCCCCUGCACAUCACUGAGUGCCGCCUGAAGGGCAGCUCCAAGUAUCCCAAGUGUGACUACACCACCACUAACAGCCAGAAGCACAUCAUCAUUGCUUGUGAGGGGAACCCCCUCGUCCCAGUCCACUACGAUGCUUCUGUGUAGGGCUUCACCUAGGCCAAACCAGUGAGAUGUCCGUGUCUCCCAUCAUGGCAAUACCUGCCUCCCCUCUCGAUCGCUCUUUCCCUGAGAGAAAUAAUUCUUGUUAGGACUUCCAUCCAACCAAACAUUCAUUCCUGUCCCGUGUCCUGUUCCCCGACCCCUCUCCAGACACAGACAAAUGAAGCAAGAUGGCCCUCAGCAGAGCAUGUCGCUUCACCCUUAGACUUUCCUGACUUAGAACCAAAUAAAAUUCUGUCUGUUAUAAA